AAAAGGAAUUACAAUAGUUCCCCAAUUCCAACCAAUAUAGUAAUAUACACACCUUAUCAAAGAGAGAUCACACAACUCACAACCUUUGAAUAUCUCCUCUUUGGUCAAUUCAUCCUUUCUAUUUUUUUUCCAUCUUUAAACACCUACAUAUAAUCCCCUUCUUUUUCUCACACUUUCUCAAUAAAAAUAACAAUCCUUUGAAUCUCUCUUCUCAAAUCUCAAUCCAAUAAUCUUUCUUUUUCUCAUUCUCAUUUUCAUAUUUUCUCUUCUAAACAAAAAUGAGGGUGAACAUUGCUCAAUCAACCCCUCCUCUUUCUCCUCCAUCUCCUCCUCACAAUGCAUCGCAAUCUUCCUUGUUUCCCACCACCAAACUCCGCCUUCAUCGCUCUCCUUCCGCCACCGUGCUAACCAGCGCCACCCUUUCGCGCUCCAAAUCUACGGACCUUAGCCUUCUUCGUAGAUCCGUCAGCGCUAGCUUCGACGGUCAUGAUUUUCCUCAUCAUUAUCACCACGAAAAUCACACCCACAACAAGAAACUCAAUUUCCCCACCUUUCAACGCUCUUCAUCCACCACUACGACGUCGUCGUUUCGACACUCGGAUUUACAGGUGGAUGUUCUAGAACCUUCUUCUUUGGGUAUUCGACCCGACCCGCCAGUUUGGCCCGCGAGAGAGGCCGUGAUUCGGGAUUGCAUUGCUAGAAGAGCGAGCAGCAUUGAGCUCCCUCUUUCUCUGAAAGUGCUGAAAAUGAAGCAGAAAUUGCUGCGAUUAGAGGAGGAGAGAGAAAUUGGGGAUCUCGAAGAACAUAUGAAGGAUAACCCCAUUAAUAAUUUGUGUUGUUCGACUUUGUAUAUAAUCAAAGAGGUUCAAACCCAGGCUUUGAAAAGCAGGGGAUUGGUUUUAGAUGAAGAAUUAGAUGAUGGGGUUGUUAGCAAGAUUCAAAGGGAGAUGACAUCUUCACUUAUUUGGUUAUUUAGGGAAGUUUUUUCUAAAACCCCUGAUUUAAUGCUGGAGAUUAUGCUUCUUACCUCGAAUUUCGCCUCAUUUUCUAUUGAAACUUUGCUCCCUUUUGAAAAUACCCAGAAGAUUUUUAAGCAGAAUGAUGGAAAUUGGGCACUUGGGCAAUUGGAAUUUGCAAAAUCAGGGGUAGUGGAAUUGGAAAAAUUGGAGGAAAAAGAAAAUAGUUUGUGGAAUAAUAUAGUGGAAGAAGCUAUUGAGAUUGGAGGUUAUGUGAAGAAUGAAGUGUUAGGAUUCGUAAUUGAUCAAGAUUAUCUUAAAGAUGAUGUAAAAGAAAAUGGUGUUAAAGAAGAUGAUGUUUAUGACGAUAACAAGUUCCAAUUCAUUUCACCAAUAGGAGUUGAGAUCGAAGCGGAUAAUUACGAGGAGUAUUAUAGGACUGAUCUUCAUUACCAAAUGGGGUUAUUUCAGGAUCCUAACAAUACCCUUUUGCUCUCUAAUUAUGCUCAGUUUCUCUGCCUUGUUUCCCGGGAUUAUGACAGGGCUGAGGAGUGCUAUAAGCGUGCAAUACAAUUGGAUCCAACUGAUGGAGAGGUAAUAACACAGUAUGCAAAUUUCUUGUGGGUGGUGAAACAUGAUCUAUGGGAAGCUGAAGAGAGAUUCCAACAGGCUAUGGCGGCUGAACCCGACAACUCCUUUCAUGCAUCAAAGUAUGCAAAUUUCUUAUGGAGCACCGGGGGUGAAGAUACAUGUUACCCUCUAGAUCCUCCCUGUGCCAAAAGCUAACGGGAAAGGCUCUGCAAUGUGAAUAAUAAUAGUAACAAUUGUUCUCGGUUUAAAUUUACCAUAAUAAGAUAGAUUAAUUAUCAGGGUAACAUAAUAAUGGCAUAUUUGUAGUACAGUAGUACCAUUGCCGGUUUGUGAGGAUUCCAGUCUAGAGCCACUGGAUAUCUUUUUGUACAACUCCUGAGCAUUAUGACUUAUUGAUCUUGGCUUUUGGUACCUCUGUUGUGCAAGUAAUAUUGUAAUUGUACAGUGUUAAGCUUCAGUAAUGAUCAUACACUAUUGAAGCUUGAAUCUAAAGCUUCUUACACUUCA